UUAUCUUUGUUGCUUAAAGUUUGGCCUCCUUCAUUAUCCCAUCUCUCUCUCUCUCUUUCUCUCUCUCUUUUCUUUGAACUUUGAAGCUACAAGUGAUUGGAGUUGAAGAGGGUGAACUAUUUAGUUUAUAUGGUCACUUGAAAGAGAAAGAAACUCCAGACCCACAUCCCCCAAAGAUUAGAUUCAACCCAAUCCAAUCCAAUCCUCCAUACAUAAAACCCUAGAGAGAGAAACUAGAAACUAGAGAGAGAAACCAUACAUAAAACAUUAUCAUAUAUCAUCAUAUGAUCAUGGAUGCUGGUGAUGAUCACUUCCACCACCGUCCCAACUUUCCAUUCCAACUACUAGAGAAAAAAGAUGAUGAAGCUUCUUCCUCCUCCGCCACCACCACAGCCACCGGCUCCGGCUACCCUUCCAACCUCCAAAUCACCACCACCGCAGCCUCUGCCUCCACAUCCACAGCGGAAGCCAACAAAAAACUCGCCCCUAAACGAACCUCCACCAAAGACCGUCACACAAAAGUCGACGGCCGCGGCCGCCGCAUCCGCAUGCCUGCCCUAUGCGCCGCCAGGGUUUUCCAGCUCACCCGCGAGCUCGGUCAUAAAACCGACGGUGAAACCAUCGAGUGGCUCCUUCAACAAGCCGAGCCUGCCGUUAUUGCAGCCACCGGCACCGGUACUAUCCCGGCUAACUUCACUUCACUUAAUAUCUCUCUCCGGAGCUCCGGGUCAAGUAUGUCCAUUCCUUCCCAGCUCCGAUCCAGUUACUUCAACCCGAAUUUCCCACUCCCACAAAACCGGAAUCUUUUCCCCGGAAUCGGGUUAGCCUCAUCGGAAAACAACACGCCAUCAAAUCUCUUAAACUUCGGGUCUACAAGUCUUCAUCAGCUGCUACAAACGAAACAAGAAAAUAGAGACAAUAAUAAUUCAGUUGAAUUAUCCGAAACAACAGGAGAAAACACUACAAGAAAACGUAGGGUUCCGGGGGAGUCGGAACUGCCGUCACAACAGCAACAGAAUUAUCUGCUACAGUCUAGUGCAGGCUCCAUGGCAGCAAAUCACGCAUCGGUUCCACCUAACUUUUGGAUGGUUGCGAAUUCUAGUCAACACCAGGCGGGAAUGAGUGGCGACCCGAUUUGGACUUUUCCGACGGUUAACAACACUGCCGCGUUGUAUCGAGGCACCGUGUCCACCGGUUUGCAUUUUAUGAAUUUUCCUACCCCGGUUGCGCUGUUACCGAGUCAGCAAUUGACAGCUGGACUCGGUGGUAGCAGUGGUAGUGGUAGUAGUGGUUUUACAGAAGGACAGUUGAGUAUGCUAGCUGGUAUGAAUCCGUACCGGCAGGUUUUCGGUCCCGGUGCGUCGGAGCAGCAGGCGAGUGGAUCUCAGUCGCAUCAUGGUGGUGGCGGUGGCGGAGAUGAUUCGACUAGCCAUCACUCGUAAGGGUUUUCGGUUUAAUUUAGUCCAAAAUUUUGGAAAAAUAGUAUAUCAUUUUCUUUUAUAAUUAUGCUGAUUUUUUUUUUUUUUUUUUUGAAAUUGUGUGAUUAUUUAUAAGUUUUGGAGAGACAAUUUUUAACAGGGUGUAUUGUUGGUUUUAAUCAUUACAAGGAAAAAGAGAAGGUCCCAUUUGGUAUUA